AUGGAGAACAAUCAGUCGGCCUCGCGGGCUGCCCAGCGCUUCCUCAUGGACCGCGUGCGCACCGACUGGAGCUGGCCCGACACGCCCGAUGCCUGGUCGCAGUCCGAUGAGGAGGUGCGCGGCGUGACUUCUUUCCGGGAGCGUUUCUAUGGCACCUCGUCGCCCUCAGAAACCGAGGCCGAGGGUGCCGACGGCAGCGACCCAUAUAAGUUCGACAGCCCGGAUAGCAUCGGCGAUGCAGUAGAGCAGAAGGCUCAGCGAAAGAAAAGGCAAAGGAGGAUUGCUCUCGAGGAAGAGAUGAAGGUGAACGAGGGCUUGCGCACGUUUGUGGAGAGACGGGACGCAUGGACGGGUGCCUCCGCUGCCGCUGCCCACGACGAGUCCUUUCGCACCGCAGUUGCUACCACCGACGAACCACUCGUGCCAGUCGCGCCUCGCCUUCUCGCCGACAAUGCGGUUCGGAAAUCUAUUACGCCCCGAGCAUACCCCGACAUCUUUAACAAGAUUGUUGUUUCCUCGCGCACACCGUCAGUGCCUAUCAAUCUCGCCGACAUGACUAAAGCACUCGUUGCUGGCUGGAAAGAGAAUGGUGAGUGGCCUCCCAAGGCCGCACCACUCGAUCCGCUGGCAGGCAAGAAGCGAGCUGCUCUUGCAGCCGUGCGCGCAGAGAACGGGGAGCCCUUUCUAGCACACCACCCACAUCUGCAGAAGGGCAUGGACUCGGUCAGAAAGAUAUUCCACCUCAACGGA